UUUGAGGUUUUUUGGUUGGGAGUCAGCCACCAGUCGUAAGUCGCAAAACCGUAGGCAGUUGACGAUUAGACCUUCUUGGUUCAGCUUAGAGCUCCGCCUGUGAUUUCAUAAUACCUGAUCAUCUUCUUAUCUUGUGCAACAGCAGCAACAGCCGCCGCCAUCUCAGUGUCUUUUCCAUUCGAAUGUCCAUUCGCACAACUUCAUAUCCCCAAUGAAUAUUAACGAUUGGAACGACGACUUUAACACACUUAGCACCUCUGGAGUUACUAUGAAUUUCGAUGAUGGUAACGAGGAGCCCCGCUUGGCCAUCAAUUUGGAAGCUGGCAGUGGGAAACUGGCAGCUCGGGACGACCUGGGUAUCAAUGCCAAUGACGUCCUGUGUGGCAGGGGAAAGACCUCCUUCAAUCAUGUGGGCAACCGACGAUUCCGUCACAUCAUCUCGGAAUCUAUCGACGACUAUAACAACGCUGGCUCUAGAAAAGCCAAGAGUGCGGUGGUCAAGAAGGUCCAUGACCACAUUCGAGCCACCGGAGGCCGCUUUCUCAAGAUGGAUUCCUCCGAACGAGAGUGGGUGGAACUGUCUCAGCAACGGAGCUUGGAGAAGGUAUCCCAUGCCAUUCGAGAUGCUACCACUACCAACGAAAACAUGAAGAAGAAGAAGCAAAAAGUUCACAGCACGAUUGCUCAAGUGGCAGCUCAUGUCUCUUCCAGAUUUCCGGGUGUGCAGUUGGAGGGAAACUUUUUGGAUGAUUCAGGGGAUGAUGCCACCCAAGGAGAUCGAUUAGCAUUUACAUCCAUUGAUGAUACUACUACUCUUCCCAUGCCACCUCUACCUGGACAAGUUACAUCUGCUGCUGCAUCUGCUCCAGAAGCCUCUUCCAUAGCUUCUUCCAUUGUCCCACCAGCCGCUGCACCAGCAGCACCCGCAGCCGCCAAGUUUCCAUCACAGUCAGCAACGCCAGAACCAGAGACCAGUAGUAUACAACCAUUGUUUCCAGAGCAUCCUCCGCUUUCCCCUCACCACCACCACCACCACCACCAAGGUCAUCAAAGCCCAGAUCAUGUGCAUCAUGAAGAUGACUUCCUCUCGUACAUCAAUGAAGUUCUAGGUCCCGUUUCACCACAAGACAUGGAUUCAGAUCCUCUCAAAAGGCUGGCACGGCGGAAACGAUAACAGGGAGGGACAAAAACCAACAAACGGGCUACAAACAACAACACAUCACGCAAGCAACGAAACAAUACACGGGUUCUUAGUAGUAUUAGGUUCUGGGCUGGUGUCUAGUAGUUUGUUAUAGGCUAGCUAGCUAGCGAGUACUGGUAGGUUCCAGCAGGCUCCCAUUAGAGCUAGAGCUGGAGGAGCUGAGUUUCAGGACAACAUUGUCGUAGCGACAGUGAGGGGUCCAUGGGAUCCAGCAUGCAGGCAUUGAAUUUGAUGAAUAAUUCAUGAACAUGGCGUUCAAGCAGCCACACAAUGCAGCAUUGCUUGUAAGCCUUACCUUGAGUUGAUAAGCAGUAGGCUGCAGCACUGUUGAGUUAGUUUUAGAAAGCUCUCCGAAUUCCUGCGCCAUUGCUGCAUUGCCAUAAAAGCAGCGCUACCACCUGGUGCCUGGUGGUCAGCCCUUGGAGCACAAGGUAGUUGCCGGUAUGGCUAGCUAGCUAGUAGAUCUAGAGAGGGCUUUCCGCUAUCAAAGAGUUUGAUUAUCAAACACAGUUACAUGCAUCCAACAGCCCGUUGUAGAGAAACCUACAAGGCGUGUGGAGAAACACAGGAAAACUCUGAAAAUAAGCU